AUGCUGGUCUCGAGCUUACUGCUCCUCCCGUUUCUGACUUGUUCGCUGUUAGUCAGCUGCGACAAGGUCGACCAAGCGCCUCCACCAGGAGCAGCAGAGCAAGAUGCACCCCCGACGCUACCAAAUUCGUCGCCCCCCGUGCUUCCGACAGUGUACACACCCGUGGUACUCAACCAGCUGUGCCAGGAUCCCGCCAACUACUGCAUCUACGUCGACCAGAACCGCCCGGGAACCGUGCGUGCCUCGCCUGUCAACGCCACUGAUGCUCAGGGAGCGUUUCUCUUCGAGCGUGCGGCGUACACCGACAAUCCGUUCCACGUGUGUUACGGCGGGUGCUGCAUCGAUCUCGAUUUCGCCAAGCGGCCUGGGUGUGUUGCGAUGCGCUACGUCUCCCGCCCCGGACGUGGCCCUGGACACUUGCUUGCCCGUUUCGCCGAUAACAUCGAAAAUUUGAUCGGGCCCCGAGACGACAUGCGCAGGCUGCUUGAGGCGUGCCCGCAGGGAGAGGGGAUGGCUUUGCCCUACGCCGUGAUCGGCGCGAGGGGCGGCCACGAGCACCACGAGGAAGCACAGAGCGCGGAUCACCACCGCCACCAGCAGCAGCAGCAACAAGGAGAAGUAGACCAAGCCAAGCGUCAGCAGGAGCCGGACGGAGGUGGGGUGGCAGUGGAUGCUGGCGAGGUUCCGAAAGCGGCUCUUGUGCCCGCAGCGGCCGAUCCCGCUGCAGCUGCGACGAACAGGAGACUCAACCACGACUACUUUGACGACGUCAGGAUGCACUUCGUCGACGGCUGGUAG